UUAUUAUCAUUUUCGUAGUGAACAUAAACAUUAGCCUUUAAUUGUGCAGGAUGAGCGCGCAGCAGAUGUUGAAAGUGUUCGUCACGAGACGCAUUCCGCAGGAGGGUAUGAAAAUACUCAAAAAAGCCGGGAUGUGUAAUUUGUCAGUGUGGGACUCCGAUGAGCCCGUGCCCCGGGCAGAGCUCCUGAAGGGGGUGGCAGGUGCUCAUGGGCUUCUCUGUUUACUCUCUGACAAAAUUGAUGCUGAGGUCUUGAAUGCAGCUGGACCCAACUUGAAAGUGAUCAGCACUCUCUCUGUGGGAUUUGACCAUCUUGCCGUAGAUGAGAUAAAGAAACGAGGGAUACGGGUAGGCUACACUCCUGAUGUUUUAACGGAUGCUACUGCUGAGCUGACGGUGGCUCUGCUCUUGGCCACAGCCCGACGUCUUCCCGAGGGUGUGGAGGAAGUGAAAAAUGGCGGCUGGAGUACAUGGAAGCCUCUGUGGCUGUGUGGUUACGGUCUUUCAGACAGUACUGUUGGGGUGAUUGGUUUGGGCCGCAUAGGUUUGGCUAUUGCAAGGCGACUAAAGCCUUUUGGAGUGAAGAGACUACUGUACACAGGCAGACAACCCAAACCUCAGGCCCAAGAGGUUGAUGGGGAAUAUGUGCCUCUAGACACUCUGGUGAGAGAGAGUGAUUUUGUGGUGGUGUCCUGUUCUUUGACUCCCGACACUCAAGGCCUUUGUGACAAAACCUUCUUCAGCAAGAUGAAGAAAACUUCAAUCUUUAUCAACACCAGCAGAGGGGCGGUUGUGAAUCAAAAGGACUUGUUUGAAGCCCUCAGCAGUGGUCAGAUUGCAGCAGCUGGACUUGAUGUUACAACCCCUGAACCUCUGCCCACCAACCACCCACUGCUGACCCUUAAAAACUGUGUGGUUCUCCCUCAUAUUGGCAGUGCCAUCUACUUCACACGUGGUGUCAUGAGUGAACUGACAGCAAACAACUUGCUGGCAGGCCUGACAGGCUCUGAAAUGCCCAGUGAGCUGAAACUGUAAUGCUCUGAAACGUAGAUGCCAUAUUAUGUCAUUAUAUGAAUGGAGAAGUCAGCAGCGUAAAUCUAUCAAUUAACUGCACUGCAUUAACUACAUGAGAUUAGAAGGGAUAAAACAUGUAUUAUCAUCAUCUCACUUGAAUAAUCUUAAUCAUGACUGGAACAAAGAUGACACGAUUUGAUAUUUUAAACAUGCACAUUUGAUCUACUGUGAUAUUGCCCAUUCAAAGUCAACACUCAAAUGUCCUUAUACACUCCAAGCUAAAGUAGAAUCAAUGUUAUACAUUUUUAAUUUUUAACAAUAAAGGAUUUAAUGAAA